AUGUCUACCCCGAACGUUUCGGCCGACCUUGUCUGGGAGAUUGUCCGCUCCCAGAACUCGUACCUGGUCAAGCGCACCAAGAACGCCAAGGUCCAGUUCUCGCGCGACCCCCUGAACCUGACAAACGUCCACAGCCGCAAGUACGCCGGCUUCGUCAACGACAAGGCUCUCGGCGUUGUUGCCAACAAGGAGGGUGGUGUCCAGGUCAUCAGCAAGACCAAGGCCGCCAACAAGCCCGCUUCUGGCCAGGUCACCUCCAACCAGGGUGCCAACAAGUCCGCAAGAAAGACCUACCGCUCCGUCGCCACUAUGGUCGCCAAGUCCGGCUACCGUGCUGACCUGCGCGCCGCCGCUGUCUCCCGUGCCUCUGCCAUCCGCCGCUCGCAGCGCCCCGUCAAGCCCGACCACGAGGUCAAGCUCCGCGGCAAGGCCGCCCAAAAGGCCGCUGAGUCCUCGUAA